AUGGAGGAGGUGUACACCCUCGAGCGGGAGGUCGGACGGGGCAGCUACGGGGUGGUGUUUGAGGGCCGCGUGGCGGAGAACGGGCCGUGGGGCGCCCAGGGCGAGAGGGUGGCCAUCAAACGUCUCCCCUGCAGCAGCCCCGAGUGCAUCGAACUCUACCUGCAGGAGCUGUGGGCCAUGAGAGCCACGGCCAAGAGCCACCCCAACGUCAUCGCCCUCCACUGCUGCCUUCUGCAGACGGGGCCCAAGACCCUCCAGCCCCUGCGAGCGGGGAAGCUCCCUCUGGAGCUGGUGGAGAGCGCCCUCAAGGGGAGCGUGGCGUCUGCGGCCGAGGCCCAAAAGAAGGGGUCCGGCGUGGGAUCCUCCAGGUCCCGGAAGAGGCCGGCGCGCGCCGAGCCCGUCCCCAGGCGCUGCACGGCGCUCUGGCUGGUUAUGGAGUACUGCGACGGCGGCGACCUGAACCGGUACCUGCUGUCCAGGCCGCCGGACACGCGGCGGAACUACAGCGUCAUCCAGCAGCUGAGCGGCGCCGUGGCCUUCCUGCACAGCCUGCGCAUCGUGCACCGCGACCUCAAGCCCGACAACGUGUUGGUGCGCCUCACCCCUUCUGGACCACUCAUCAAGGUUGCAGACUUUGGGCUCAGUAAGGUGACGGAGGGCUCGGCCGAGGGGGACCUGACCCGGCAGCAUUUCUCCUCCACCUGCGGCUCGGACUUCUACAUGGCCCCCGAGGUGUGGGGCGGCCGGAGCUACACGGCGCAGGCCGACAUCUUCUCCCUGGGCGUGCUCUUCUGGGCCGCCCUGGAGAGGAUCACCUUCCUGGAGGACGGCUCCAACCAGGAGCAGCUAGGAGCGUAUGUGUGCCGGGGCCGCUGGCUGGUGCCCCUCGGGGAGGCCCUGUGCGAGAACCCUGACCUGCAGCUGUCCAUCCCCAUGAGGGCCCGACGAGCCCCUCCCCUGCCGGCCCCGCCCUCCCCGGAGCUCUGCGCCCUGCUAUUGGACAUGCUGGCCUCAGACCCUGCCGCGCGACCAACGGCGCACCAGCUGGAGGACAGGGUGCGGCACAUCACACACCCGCAGUAA